AAUUCUAAGUACAAUUUGUCUUGUUAUUGAAUUAUAAGGACGCACAGCGUAAUACUGAUAGGCCAGUCUAGCGGACUUUACUUGGAAAUCACUCAGAACAUCGAACUAAAAUCGAAGGAUGGAAUCGAACAAAAAUCUGAAUAGUUUUUAUCUGGAGGACAGUAGUUUUGAUUGUGACACUCCGCCGACGGACAAUGGAUUCGAGGAAAACGGCAACGCCUUGUUGGGAAAAGACGCUUACGACCAAACUGUCAUACAGAUUCGCCUGCUAGAGGAACGGAGAGACUCCUUAACUAAUGGCUCCGACUGUUCAGAUCUCACAAAGGAUCUCAAGCAAGCCAUUCUUGAAGAUGAGCCGGACUUUGGCGUGCUGUUUGACGUUGAUGGCGUUUUAGCCCGCGGCUCCACGCCUCUCAAGGCAGCAGUGGAGGCCAUCGAGCUUCUGAAGGACAAUGAAGGGCGGCUACGAGUUCCGGUCGCGUUCGUAACAAACGCUUGCAACAGGUCGCAUGACAAGGCGGCGCAGAUUCAAAAAUGGCUAAACAUUCAGGUGGCGCUUGACCAAGUGAUACACGCCCCCACCCCAGCCCGCCUCCUGACAGAGUUUCACAAUAAACACGUGCUUGUUAUCGGCCAGGAGCACAGGGUCGAAAUCGCCAAUGAUCUUGGUUUCACGCAAGUGUGCACGAUGGAGGAUGUUGCACGUGCGUACCCGCUGCUUGACAUGGUGGACCACGAUAACCGGGAACGGGUCGCUUCCGGUCACCACCCGGACGACUCCACCUUCCCCGCAGUUGAAGUUGUUUUGCUAAUCGGCGAACCAAUGCGAUGGGAGACGCAGCUGCAGCUCCUUAUUGACCUCCUUCUGACGGAGGGGAAGCCGGUGAGCAGUCACACCCCCAAGUCCGUCUUCCAGGUGAAGCAACUUCCGAUCAUCGCGUGCAACAUGGACCUUGUCUUCAUGCAUCAGGCUUGCAUGCCCAGAUUCGGACACGGCGCCUUCCUCGUGUGUCUUGAAGCGCUCUUUAAGAAAAUCACGGGCACAGACCUUCAAUACCACGCGCUGAUCGGCAAACCUUGUGAAAUCACGUACCGUUACGCUGAGCACGUUAUCGGUGACGUCGCCAAGCGUCUGGGGAUCCAGAGGCCGAUCCGUAAGCUUUACUUCGUCGGCGACAACCCGAACGUCGAUAUCGUCGGCGCCAACUUGUAUAACCGUUACCUCCAACGCACGAUUUCGAACCAGGAAAACGGAAACACCCAGGAUGAAACAUCACACAACCUCCCGACGUGCCGCUCAAUCCCACGAAGCAUCAGCAUGUGUGCGCAGACGGUACGAUCGAUCGAGAGCGUUCUCGUCGGAACUGGCGUCUUCGAUCCAAAUAAGAAAACCGGAAAUGACGAUGCCGAUGACGUUUACCAUGGUCACCGUGACAUCAUGCACGAACCCGAGCUCGCGAAGCCUUCUCAGUUUGUUCCCGAUGUGUGUCAUGGAAUUAUGCACAUCUUAAAACAGGAGAAAUUCGUUCCAAACAGCUCCCGAAUGGUUAACGCAUGAACAAACUCACAAAUGACGCCAUGUGUAUGACGUCACAACAUGUCAACGCUGGGCGUGACGCGUGAUAGAGCACCACGUGACAAUGCAUUUGAUGAUAUUCAUUCCAGUCAUCGUCAUAGCAACAGACAGACGCCAUUCUUCAUACGAUGAAGACUGAAAAUGACGCCAGUUAAUAUGACGUCAACACAUUGUCAAAAAUGGAUGCCAUAUUGAUAUUCUGCCAUUGUUGCAAAUGCGAUGGUUAAUGCUAUGCUUUGCGGAGUUUCGUCUCGGGACUUCUUUCACAUGUAUAGCUAAAUGAUCUCAUUUUAUCAUAGGUUGUGUUAAAUUAUUUCCGGACAUGUAUAUAUCUAUAUUUAUUUGAUAUUUUUAUAUGAUCUGGCUGGUCAAGGUUUUGCUUAGUAUGUAUAAAUAAACGGAUAUGAAAUGAAUUGUGUGUAAACUGUUUUGGAUUUUGUGUAUUGUUAGAGAAAUGAACUUAAUAAAGUCUAGUCAAAG